AUGGAUCCAGCUCAGCUGGCAGCGCUCUUUGUCAAACCCCAUCAUGCUGCAGAAGUAAUCAUCCCCUGGCUCGACUCAGUUGAACCGUCCAGAUGGACCUCUGUCUGCUCGAAUAACGUCUUGAUGGGGAAGAUCCUGCGCGCCUACUUCCUGCAUGAUUAUGAGUGGUUUACCUUUCUGCACAAAUACUACUUCUUCCAGAACAUGGCAGCUGCAAGGCAAAGAUUCUGCUCUCCUCUCCUGGUCAACUCCCUGUUUGCCCUUGCUUGUUAUUGUUACCACAAGUUACCCCAACGCCUUGAGUUUUGGAACCCGCAUACACUCGGGUAUAAGUUCUUGGCCGAGGCAAGACGACUAUGGGAGGUUGAAGAGGCUAGUUCCUCCAACAAAUUGACCACUCUUCAGGCAGGUCUCUUCAUAAAUGUCGUUAUACACUACUACUACGUUCUCAUCAAUCUCCACAAGCCUGUUGCUGCGAUACCGCCGCCUAAGCCCCCCAAACUCUCCAAGCGGGAGAUCGCCAGCGCGAACCCAAUCCAGGAUGAGUUUGUUGACGCCUACAUCCGCCUUGAGACACUUCUACGCAUAUACCAUCUCCGUCAUGGCUUCGAUCGAUUAGACAUAUUCUUGCUCGCCUACCUGGUAUUUCUUGCCUUCACAAACCACACCACCUAGAAAGGAGUACCGACACUGUACAACUUGAAUCGCUUCGAUCUGUUCUCUUGCUUGAUGCAAAGGGCCUUCGUGAACAAGGUCACAUAUACUUCUUAGCCAUGACUAUGUUUCAGCUCCUCUACCGAGAUAUGAGGCCGGAGGAGGUGGGCCUAUUUGGCAGGUUCGUGACUAUGGGUCAAGAAGGUCUGCAGCAGAAGAUACCCACAGACUUUAUACAUUCUCAUUGCCUGAUCAAGGUAACGAGCUUAGAAGAACAGUCUGAGAACAAGGUGCUGGAUGAUCUUGCUAAGGAGCAUGAGGAUCUGUCUUUGGGGUCUACGGGGGGUUCAACAAAUACUUCGACAGACGAGGAGAUGUAGUAGUGGCGUCGCGUCC